AUGCAGGCCGUAAAGUUUUUAUCGAGGAAAGACAUUCAGGUCAUUGCAGGAUGCGGAUGCCCAAGUCUAGACAGGAAAGUUGUGAAUUCAGGGAAGCGGCUAAGGGCACACGUGGGUGUCGAUGAAGGAGAUAUUUGCAGCUCCUGCAAUUUGCGAGGUGACUGCGAAAGGGCAUAUGUAAAGGCACAGGAAGACAAAGGUGGGCGGACCGUGGAUGUUAUGCGUUUCUUGUUAACGUAUGGGCUUGAUCCCAUCUCUGGUACAGUGGAAAACAAGCCGUGUCUCAACAAAAUGGUAAAAGAAUCGGUAAGAAGCCUGUUGAAGCAGAUGGUAGACUAUAGCAUGCGGGUCAUGGAUUUUCAUUCCCCUAAGUCAACAUUGGAAAAAGGUGUACCAGUGAACAUCCAUUCAAGUUCACAAGGAAAAGGCCACGUAAAUGUUCCGAUGAAGCAAGGCGACUGGCUCUGUCCCAAAUGCAACUUCCUAAACUUUGCCAAAAAUAUCAAGUGCUUGCGCUGUGAUGGUUUAUACCAAGAAAGACUGAAGCAACUCAGGGAGGAUCAGGAUCAUCUUCCGUUGAAGAAAGGGGACUGGAUAUGUGACAAAUGCAAUUUCUUGAAUUUCGCGAGGAACACAAAAUGCUUGCAAUGCAAAGAGAAUCCUCCAAAGCGGCAUCUUAAUCCAGGAGAAUGGGAAUGUCCAUCGUGCAACUACAUCAAUUUUAGGAGAAACAUGGUAUGCUUAAAAUGUGACCACAGAAGGCCAAAGGCAGCAAAUUCUUCCGAAAGUUCUGAAAACCAACUUGAAAAUGUAGGCUACCGGGAAAACAGUAGA